AUGAAUUCAAGUGAAGGAAGAUACCAAGAAACUCUGGAAGACUCUGCACGAUGGCUGUCAAUGGCAUCGGCAUCUCCAGACAAAAUUGUGAGCAGCAGGAGUACGCCAUCAGCACCAGCAAACAUGGGAACCGAUGUCGAUGAGAAUAGCAGCAUCGCUGAUGAACCUUCCUCGAUGUCCUCUGUCACCAUGACGUCUCAAUCUGGCGACGAUGACAAUGACACAAGCUCUGUCACAUCCAGCACUUCUUCAGACGAUAUUGAAUCCAGAAUUUCGUUUCUCCACCAGAAACAACUUCUCCUCGAGCGAGCCAUGAAAGCUUUGCGAAGAGAGGAAAUGUACACAGCAUCAAUUGCCAAGUUUGUGACCGAGAAAGUGCAUCCCUCCACUAUCAUUUCUCCUCUCUGGGAGGAAGCCAGAACCACACUAAAGUCAUUCAAUCGCGAUGAAGAUGCAAUUUCCACCACAUCAUCGAAGGGAUCCAAGCGAAAAGAAACAGAGUGCCGUGAAGAAAGUUCCAAGCGAAUCAAGAUUGACAUCUCCACUGUCUCACGAAUAGUGUCGAGCGCUGAUGCCUUGAUAGGCACUCCUGCUCCUGUUGCUGUCAGCGAAGACGAAGCAGAUGAAGCCGAGCCAUACCCUGUACAAGGUAAAUGGAUGGCAAAGUCAUUUCUUCGACACCACAAGCCCUCCUAUGAUGUUUCCAAGUUUGAUAACUGGAAGAUCAAGAGAGAUCCAUUCGUGGGAAGCAUUGUCAUGCCCCCAUCGCCAACUCCCUUUCUCCAAGAAACCGAGCUCAAGGACGCCCUUGCGUUCACUUCCACACCUCAGCUGAUCACAUCUGCUGUGCCUCCAUUCAAUAUCGUGCACGCAAACGCAGCUUUUGCCAUGCUCUCAGGAAGAAGCAACACUGUUGGAUCCUCUGUGGAAAGCAUCUUUGAGGUCGAUGAUGUUGUUGAAUCAUCAGCAGAUUCUCAGCAUACCUUCCCCAAUCAGAUUCGUCUGAACGGCAAGACUUGCCAGAUUGAGCUCACGCCCAUUCUUGACCGCGCACAGAAGUCCAAAGGAGGAGUAUCUCACCUACUUCUGCAGGUCCACGAAGGCGAUGCCAUCGCCAUGAAUGACAUUCCUUUGUCAUCUAUCGCGGCCACGCAAGGAAUUGGAAACAAUAAUCGAGUCUUCCUUACCACUAUUGGAUAA